ACUGAAAAUGUUCCUGUUUUCCAAUUUAAUGCAGUAAAUCAUAAUGUACUGGCAAUGUGCAAGACGAUGAACUUGAGGGUCUACAGGAUAGUCUGCAUGAGCAUUUAGAAUACAACUUUGAAACAAUUUGAAUAAUUUAUCUUUUUAUUCUCCGACUUAUCUGAACACCUAGGCAUAUACACAUACAAAUUUCUUGUACAAUACAGCGGAGUUAUAAUGAUCAAUAUUUGAACUUUAUUUAAGAGUUAUCUCCCUUAAACAACAUUUGCCUGAGAUUCAGAGCUUUUCUAAUAGUGUAGCAUGUAUAUAACCAAUAAACCUGAUGCUAGAAAAAUAAUCUGAAGUGUUCCAGUGGGGUCGAGGUGCAGGCAUAUGGUUUAGACCUACUUUGGAACAUCGUAUCAUCAAAGCCAAGUAAUAACACAUAUCCUCAAGUCAAGUACCCAUGUUACAAGGGCCAAGACUCAUUUAGUUUAAGCACUGGUCAGUCACAUAAAGUAUAUGGACUUUGAGGCCAUUGGCCAGUCUAUAAAGUUACAGUGUCUCAAGGAACUAUUUAAAAAUGUUUAUAUAAAUAAAGCUAAUUAUCAAGUGGAAAACGUAGGCCAUGAUCAGCCGAGGGAAACGAGUCGAACUCAACUUGAUCAACAUAUUGUGAUGUCAGAACAUAGUAAAUCUGCAUCGGAAAAUAUCACUGGGUUAGUUUACAAUAAAUAUACAAAUGUAUAUAUAGUAUAUAAUCAUGAUUGACAUGUAAAACCUAAGGUAAAUAAUAAAAAAAAAACAUCCUUUUACUCCUAUCUCUAUAUGAUAGACAUUCGUAAUAAACUGCCCAGGCUUUAACAGUUACUCACAACAAACCAGAUGUAAAGUAAGAAUAAAACUAAUUUACAUAACGAAAUGUGUAAGUAACAUUGAAAGCUGACAUUUAUGACAUCGAGGUUGUUAAAGUCAGGUGUCUGUUAGUCAGGGGUCCGGUAAAUCAAUGUUGGUUAAUCAGGGGUCCGGUAAGUCAAUGUUGGUUAGUCAGGGGUCCGGUAAGUCAAUGUUGGUAAGUCAGAUGUCUGUUAAGUCAAUGUUGGUUAGUCAGGGGUCCGGUAAAUCAAUGUUGGUUAGUCAGGGGUCUGGUAAGUCAAUGUUGGUUAGUCAGGGGUCCGGUAAGUCAGAUGUCUGUUAGUCAGGGGUCUGGUAAGUCAAUGUUGGUUAGUCAGGGGUCCAGUAAGUCAAUGUUGGUUAGUCAAGUGUCCGUUAGUCAGGGGUCUGUUAAGUCAAUGUUGGUUCGUCAGAUGUCCGGUAAGUCAAUGUUGGUUAGUCAGAUGUCUGGUAAGUCAAUGUUGGUUAGUCAGAUGUCUGUUAGUCAGGUGUCUGUUAAGUCAAUGUUGGUUAGUCAGGGGUCCGGGAAGUCAAUGUUGGUUAGUCAAGUGUCCGUUAGUCAGGGGUCUGUUAAGUCAAUGUUGGUUCGUCAGAUGUCCGGUAAGUCAAUGUUGGUUAGUCAGAUGUCUGUUAGUCAGGGGUCUGUUCAGUCAAUGUUGGUUAGUCAGAUGUCUGGUAAGUCAAUGUUGGUUAGUCAGGGGCCCGGUAAGUCAUGUUGGUUAGUCAGGGGUCUUGUAAGUCAAUGUUUGUUAGUCAGGGGUCCGGUAAAUCAAUGUUGGUUAGUGAGGGGUCUGGUAAGUCAAUGUUGGUUAGUCAGGUGUCCGGUAAGUCAAUGUUGGUUAGUCAGAUGUCUGUUAGUCAGGGGUCUGUUAAGUCAAUGUUGGGUAGUCAGAUGUCUGGUAAGUCAAUGUUGGUUAGUCAGAUGUCCGGUAAGUCAAUGUUGGUUAGUCAGAUGUCCGGUAAGUCAAUGUUGGUUAGUCAGAUGUCUGUCAGUCAGGGGUCUGUUAAGUCAAUGUUGGUUAGUUAGAUGUCUGGUAAGUCAAUGUUGGUUAGUCAGAUGUCUGGUAAGUCAAUGUUGGUUAGUCAGAUGUCUGGUAAGUCAAUGUUGGUUAGUCAGAUGUCUGUUAGUCAGGGGUCCGGUAAGUCAAUGUUGGUGCGUCAGAUGUCUGUUAGUCAGGGGUCUGUUAAGACAAUGUUGGUUAGUCAGAUGUCUGGUAAGUCAAUGUUGGUUAGUCAGGGGUGCGCACCACAUAACGCAGUUCUCUGUGGACCUUCAGCACCACAUAACGCAGUUCACUGUGGACCUUCAGCACCACAUAACGCAGUUCACUGUGGACCUUCAGCACCACAUAACGCAGUUCACUGUGGACUCAGCACCACAUAACGCAGUUCACUGUGGACCUGCAGCACCACAUAACGCAGUUCACUGUGGACCUUCAGCACCACAUAACGCAGUUCACGUUGGACCUUCAGCACCACACAACGCAGUUCACUGGACCUACAGCACCACAUAA